AUGUCGAGAGCACACAGCCUGGAAUCGAGGGGGAUGACAGCCGAAGGGAAAUUUGCUCAGAUUAACCAUUUCCCAUUCACUCCUGAAUUUACCAAGACGCUUACAAAAAGCAGUCCAUGUUUUGGUGCCUUGAGUCACCACUCAUUCUUCUCCCGGCACAACCCUCAUCCGCACAGGAUGAGGCAUAUUCAAGGAUUCACAGGCAGACCCAUUUGCAUGGUAAGAGAUGAUUGGUGUGUCACUUCAUCGUUAUUUCCUCAUCCACUUCUCAAGAGCCACAUAAACAGUAAAGCAUCAGAGCCAGCUUUUCAGCUUGCUCAAAAUUUUUAUGGAGUCUGCGGAGACAAAACUAAAUCAGCACUAUUGUCAGAAGCCUGGAGAGAUGAACUCAAAGAACUGGCUGCAAAAAUCAGUCUAACUUCCCAAACACAAAAGGACAAAAGAGAGGAACAACCAGAGGAAAAGUUUGUCCGACGAAAGACUCAAUAUUCAGCUCAGACUGGCAGACUUAUUCCUCCAUCCUCCAAGUCCUACCUGCGCAAAUCUCAAUACCAGCGCAUGAGCCAUCCUCAACCCUUCCAUGAUCAAGAACUUAUGGUUUUGGAGAUACUUUGUCAGAUCCUGCAGACAGACUCCCUCUCCACAGUGCAGCAGUGGCUUCUUCUUUCAGGCCAAAGAGAAAAAGAUCUGGUGAUGGGGAUGAUCAGACAGGCUCUGGACGGUGUCGACCUCUCUGUCCGUAACCAGCGGAACUUCCAGCAGCUACAGGCGUUUCAUCCAGGAGCGUCUCCGUCUGUGUAUGCUGCGUCAUUUGAGCAGCCAUGGGGAAAAACACACAGGAGGAGUUCACACCAAGUCAAUCAAACCGCCGUUGAUGAAAAACCAGAGCGGAUUGGUGAUGCAGAAGUCCUGGCAGUCCAUUCAGAGGCAGAAAGUGUUCAGGUUCCUUCACUUCAGGAGGGGGAUAAUGCAUAGAGCUGAA